UCUGCGUUAUUUUCUCAGACUCUCCCAUAGCAGCAAGCCAUUCUUUGAGCGCAUUCGUGUUCUUGAUCAUUCUGUACUAAGGAAAAAUGAGCUGGGCAGCGGGAGGAGAUUGGAUGUGUGGAGCUUGCCAGCACAUAAAUUUCAAGAAGAGAGAUGCGUGCCAGCGUUGUGGGUACCCCAAGUUUGGUGGUCCUGAUCCUUCAACUUAUGGAUACAAUAGGACUGAGGCUUUGGCAGGGGACUGGUUUUGCACUGCCAUGAACUGUGGGGCUCAUAACUACGCCAGCCGAUCCAGCUGCUAUAGAUGCGGCGCCACCAAAGAUGAUUAUGCUUCUCUAUAUGCAGGAAACAUGGUGGGUUCUGGAGGAUAUGGAUCAGAUUGCAGUUUCCCUCCAGGAUGGAAGAGUGGUGAUUGGAUUUGCACUGGAUAUGGCUGUGGAGUGCACAAUUAUGCUAGCAGGACAGAAUGCUUCAAAUGCAAAACCCCAAGAGACUUUGGUGGUGCAGACUGAGAGAAAAGAAACGAUCGAAGAUUCCUGAUUUCACACAUUUCAACUCACAGUUCCCUCCUUAAACAACAUCUUACCUUGUUUUAAUUUCCUCAUCUUAAGUUGUAUACUCAUAGUUAACGAAGGCAAUCUAUUAGAAGCAUAGCAUCUUUCCAUCCUAGGAAGCUUUUGAGCUUGAUGCUAAGCGUUCUAAGUUCUAACACAUGUUACAACCUCCAUUGUUGAGAGUUUGAGAUAAGCUUCAAAAGCUAUUGUAUAAUAACUACUUUGCUUCC